AUGAUUGGGACCAAACUUUUCCCGGCUUUGAUUUCCACCAAUUCUGCAGUCACAGUGAUCGAGAGAUUGGUAUUGCGAAAUGUUCGCCUCACGGAUAUCAAGGACUGUCCGCUCGAUAUCGAGUUCUGCCCCUCAAUGUCUUCGCCAGCAACGCCUAGAAGCCAUGCGCCGCAAACCCAUAUCCAUACCCAUAUCCCACCAGAUGCGACAUUCGAGUACCCAUUACACUUUUUUCCGUCCCAGAAGCCGGAGUCAAUUGGUGAAACUUUUAAUGGAUGCAUGGAGACUUCAUCCGAUCCAGGUACCAAUGGCCCUGACGGUGUACGAAAUAUAUGGUGUUCUAGAUCUAUUAAAUUGGUACUAAUCAUUUGCUUAGUAUUGCCAGUGCCUUUGGAUGCCUCGGGUGGACGAUUUUCUGGUAUCACACUCAGUUUCUUCCACAUAUUAGUCAAUUUCCGGAACCGGUGGCGAAGCAUAUGCGGAAGGCUAUUCAUUUCACAACUAUUUCCCUCGAGCCAAAGAAAGCCGUGCAUUAUUACCGAGAAGCGUUGCGGGAGGCGGACGAACUGGGAAUGGAUCCUUUCUCCGACGCGAUAAUUGGUAUCAAAAUACAAUUGGCGUAUCUGUUCGAGAAAAGCCACCUGUAUCAAAAGUCUAUAGAUGUAUUGGAAAUUGUGAAGGCGGAUAAUCUGAAAUGGAUUGAAAUCCUGGGAGACAAGGAAGGAAAUGAAGCAAAGAAAACCAGGGUCUUGAUGAGUGCAGUUCGUGUAAGCAUCAAGUUGGCAGACUUGUACGCGAAUCAAUACGUGAUGGACAAAGCUAAGGCCGAGGAGUGUUUGAUGUGGGGCGUUGAGACGUCGCUGAUGGAGGAGCAAAGACGUAUUAAAGAGGGAGUGAAGCCCAGCGAGGGGGAAUGGUUUUCUUCUGAAGAGAUAGGGGCUGAAAUUGAAGGUGUGUGAAGGUCUUGAAAUGGAUUUGAUUGCUCCUAACAUUUAUCCAGAACUUGCCCAUCACUUUGAAGAGAAAAACGCACACUAUCUUGCAGCACCUUUAUUUCUGCAAGCAAUUGCCAGGUCCCCACCCAAUACUUGUCAUACGGUCAUCUUAAGUAGGUUGGAGUCACGCGUGCCCCGGAUUCUUAUUGCUGACAUUUCCAGUGAACAACCUCGCAAUAUCGCUUGCACAGCAAGUCCCUCCAUCAAGGCCUGGACAGCCCCCAGCUUCACGCGCAACGUACAUUAGUAACGCUCGCUCAUGGACCAACCAGGCUAUUUCAAUUGCCGAUAAGAUUCCGAAAUCUUACAGGACUGGGGAAUGCGACGUGGGUUGUGCUGUUGCAACCCACAAUCUAGGAGAAUUCGCAGAAAUGGAUGGAAAUGUUGCUGGUGCCCGAAAGUUCUUUGAACAGGCAAACGCGAUAUCGAAAGCCAUCGGAUUUCAGGAGGGCGUGGACAACUCCAUAGCGGGUCUCGCUCGGCUUGCCGAAGAAAAGAAAAAAGACUAACGAAUUUCACGAAAAUAAAGCGACAAGCAUAUAUACAGGUUUUACGUUGUGUGUAAGAUUAGACCAGUUGUAAGAGUAUUCAUCAAUUACUAUUUAAGUAUACCUACUGACAACGUUUCAAAGCGUGACCGAGACCUUCGACAAACUCUUUCAUUUUUACUGGACAUCGACUUUUCAGACUUUUCAAGCUAUCUCGAGGCUGUCCCAGAGCUUAUGAUUUACGAAUCACUCCAACACCCUUCAUCCUCCAACUCCCUCCCAUGCCCCCCCACUCUUGUAACUCUCAACUCCGCAUCCUUCAUCUCCUUCUCAGCCCUAUCCAGCGCCUUAAUCGUCUCCCUCAUGACAUCCUCCGCCUCAUGAGCCAUUUCAUGCGAUCUCUCUGCCUUCGCAAUCUGAUCCAGACACACAUCACAUCUGAAGCAUCUCUUAUCCAAUUUCUCUUCAUCUUGAAACGCGGUCCAGCGAGCGUCCUUCAGGGCUUUCUCGUCGUUGCGAAUCUGCCGAAGAACAUCUUCAUAGUGCCGUUUUCCGAUCUCAAAGCUCCGCUCCAGCCUGCGGGUUUCGCGGGUGGAGGCAGAGUGGUCUACUAUUACAAGGGUGGAUUUUUCGGAGAAUGCGCUGUCGGGUGCAGGGUCCUCGAAUGGGUUUUCGAGUGUGAUCUCCUCCUCUUUCUUUGCCACACGAGCAUCCUUUUCGCGUUUCUUGUUCGUGAGAUACUCGAUUACAGCCUGCACCUCUCUAAUCUCUCCUUGAACAUUGGCGAUUUUUGUUUUCAGGGUUGAGGUCUCUUUUAUUUCCUGAAUGAGACGCUUUGCUUCUUUGGAGGGUGUCUCGAUGUCGUGGUUGUAGGUGCGUGUCUGCUCUGCUUUUUCGUGUUUCGCCGUGGUUUCUUGGAGGCGCGUUUGGAGGGUGGUGAGUUGGGCUGUUAGGGUUUUGUGUUUGUGGUGGAGCUUUUGUAGGUUGGGUUUUUGGAAGAUUGGGAAGCCUGGGACCGAGGAGAGGAGCUUGUCGAACAUUUUGGUGGUUGAGGCGAUUCGGAUUGUGUUUGGUGUUCGUAUUCGGGAAUGUGUGGUUUUGAUGAGGUUUCUCGAGCUCCUUGAGCUUUUGAGAACGGGUUGGGAAGACUUGGGGGUUUGGUAUUGAAAGAUUCUUUUCUUUUAAACGUCAUGAUGACUGCUAUGAUUUCAUCGCUUGGUGGUAGUUUCUGCUUUGGUGACUUUCUAUUCUCAUCAUUCUUGACGACACGAUUUUAGUGGAUAGAUAAAGUCUGAGAUGGUGUAUUCGAAAUCUAAUCUAUCAUGUCG